AUGCCGAAUCCACCAUCGUUCUCGGCUGAGGGCCUGCAGAAGCAUGAUCUCGCCGCAGCGUCUCGUCAAGACUACAGCUCCCACGAUAUUGACUCCGAGUAUGUCCCCGGCUGGAAUAGCACCGAUGCCAGCAGCUCACAGGCCAUUGACCCCGAUUCGGGCGUAAAGCGCGGCCUUAAGAAUCGCCAUCUUUCCAUGAUGGCCCUCGCCGGCAUUAUCGGCCCUGGUCUUCUCGUAGGCGCUGGUGGUGCGCUCAACAGUGGUGGCCCUGCGUCGCUGAUCAUUGGAUUUGGCGUGAUUGGCUUCAUUGCCUUUGCCAUCAUGCAGUCCUUAGGCGAGCUUACUACGCUUUACCCAGGAGGUGGUUCUUUUGUCUCGCUCGCUGAGCGCCUCGUCAACAAAUCGUUCUCCACCGCCGUUGGCUGGAAUUACUUCAUCAUAUGGGCGGCCGUCCUCGCCAACGAAUACAACGUCAUAUGCAGCAUCUUAGUGUAUUGGGCGCCAAAGGUCCCGCUCUGGGGCUUUUUCCUGAUUUUCUGGACUGUUUUCCUCGGUUUUCAGCUCCUCGGUAUUGAGGCCUUUGGCGAGGCAGAAUUCUGGCUAGCUCUUCUCAAGCUGCUCGGUCUGACAGCCUACUUUAUCUUUUCCGUUGUCUAUGCCUCUGGUGGCCUUGUUGGUCAACAAUCUGCCUUGGGCUUCCACUACUGGAACGAUCCAGGCGCAUUCAAUGGCAAUGGCUUCCGUGGUGUCGCCAAGGUCUUCAUCUUUUGCUCUACUUUUUAUGCUGGUGUAGAGUCUGUGGCUGUUGCUGCUACCGAAACCAGAAACCCUGGCACUGCGGUGCCUCAGGCCAUCAGACAGGUCUUUUGGCGCAUCAUUUUUGUCUACAUGGGGUCUGCGCUCUUCUUCGGUAUCACCUGCCCUGCCAACGCAGAAGGGUUGGUCGGCGGUGGCGCCAAGGCGUUGCAGAGCCCUAUGACAAUUGCUAUUCAAACCGCUGGGUGGGAAGGUGGUGUCCAUCUGAUCAAUGCCUUUAUUCUCAUCACUUGCAUCUCUGCAAUCAACUCGUCCAUCUACAUUGGCUCUCGGACCAUUCUGUACAUGGCUCAGUCCGGCAAGGCUCCGGGCUUUCUCGGCAAAGUUAAUAAGAUGGGUGUUCCUGUCUGGGCUAUCCUUCUCACCAACGCAGUCGGUGCCAUUUCCAUGAUGAAUAUCUCCACCGGUGCCGCGAAGGCCUAUUCAUACAUUGUCAACCUUUCCGGCGUUAGCACGUUUUUGGUAUGGGGCAGCAUCAGUUUCAUGCAUAUUCGGUUCCGCCGUGCUUGGACAACACAGAAACGUGACCUGAUCGAGCUUCCGUUCAGAAGCUUAGGGUACCCCUUUGUCGCCUACUUUGGUCUUGCAGCCAACAUAUUUCUCUCCUUGGUUCAGGGUUGGACAACAUUUUCGCCAUUCUCCGCGGCUGAUUUUGUUGACGCGUACAUUCUUCUACCGUUAUUCGGUGUCAUUUAUGUUGUUUGCAGGCUUGUCUGGAGAGAAGACAAGCUUAAGAGGAGCUGGGAGAUUGAUCUCGAUGGUGGCCGUAGAGUCGACCUGGACACUAAAGAUGCCACUAAGCACGAUAAGGGUUCGAAGCCGUCUCUUUGGCGACGACACGAAGGCAUCCUCACGUCUACCCUGUUUAGCAAUAAACUGUCGGCUCUCUGUGACGGCAACAAUUUUAUCCUCAAUGGUAAACACACCGGCCUCACACAUACAAGCCCCUUCAUGGAGCAAAAGAAGUUCAUCAAGUUCGGGCCGACCCGUCAGGCUUUUGAGUCCUACGUGCCCAUGAUUAAGGAAGAGGUUCUCGGUUACCUUGCGUCAGAGCCGAGCUUGCAGAAUGCCGCCUUAGCCGUGGACGUCUCCAACGGACAUUUUCAAAUCCAUGGUUGA